CCUGAUCCAUGGCCUCGAAGUAUGGGUGAGAUUGUGUUCGAGUUGUAUUGGAAGGAAGCGCCCAAGACUUGCAAGAACUUCGCCGAACUCUCCCGAAGAGGCUAUUAUAAUGGCACCAAAUUUCACCGCAUUAUCAAAGACUUUAUGAUUCAGGGCGGUGACCCGACGGGCACCGGAAAGGGCGGAAAGUCUAUAUACGGCGAGAAGUUCAACGACGAGAUCCACCCGUCGCUGAAGCACACGGGCGCCGGUGUCCUCAGUAUGGCUAACGCCGGGCCCAACACUAACGGCAGUCAGUUCUUCAUCACAUUAGCGCCCACUCAGCACUUGGACGGCAAACACGCCAUCUUUGGUCGCGUGUCCGCCGGUAUGGCUGUCGUCGAUAAGAUGGGAAGAGUGAAGACCGACAAAAAUGACAGACCACUCGAUGACGUGAAGAUAGUUAAGGCCACUGUUAAGGAGUAGUGAUGUCUGAUGUGAUGUUUGAUGUGAUCCCUAAUCUAAU